UCGGCGCGAACGGACGUGAAAGCGGAAAGCGCAAAGCGAACAAGUGAAUAUAAUAAGUGCGAUUAAAACAGACGUACAUAGAUUUAAAAAAUAAGAAAUUAUAUUUAAAAAAAUACAUACAUAUAUCGAUAGCAAGGAGUGCGCGCGAGUUAAUCGAUCCUAAUCAGUGUUGUGAAAUCCCAUGGCGAAGCUAAGCCGCAAAGCAGAGUCCCCGAAAACCUAACGGCAAAUGCGAAAAGUGCAGGAAAACGUGACCACCAAUAAUAAUUCUCGAGCAUAAUUUUCCGUCUUUUUUCGUUUUUCGUGUGUUCUUUUUUGUUUCGUUACCCCCUCGUCGCGCGUUGCCUUGUGUUUUGUGUUAAAUGUAGUAGCCACAAACAAAUAUUCGAUAUUCUGUGCGGCAAUAUUAUUGCCUUUAGUUCCUUUCAUUUACAAUCCGAUUGUGUUUCGUUCAAAAACCAAACCAGAUAAAACGUAAACCAGAUAAAAAAAAAGUGGAAAAUACUGAAAACAAGCAAGAAUUGUGAAAUUCGUAGGUUACACGAAGGGCGCCUCGAGUGCAAGUAAAUUAUAUGUGGGCCAGUGCUAAGACGAACUAAGAAUCGCCAGCCAAGAUGACGGAGCACCAGGCCUCCGAGCCGGAGUCCGCGCCCGUGCCCCCGUCCAAGUUCAAGGACUCGGAGGAGGGCUUCCUCUCCACCUCGCCGGACAGCGCCAAUGGCGACGCCCCCAAGGCGGCACCCAAGAAUGCAGUGUCCCUUGGCCAGCAUCACAGCAGUUCGGAGAAGCUGCCGGGCCACCAGCUCGUCCGGCUGGCCUUCCACCAGUGCUCCUGCCCGGAGCAGUGCGUCACCCUAAACAACAUCCUGGACUCGUUCAAGGCCCCGCUCUCCGAGGACCAGGCCUGGGCGCUCAUCCAUCAGUUCACCACGCUCUACUACAAAGUAGCCGUCCAGGCGCACAGCUGCCGCCCGGCGGACUACGAGUCCGGAUUGCCGGCCAGCUUUGAGCUGCACUUCCAUCGCGACGGCAGCGUCCACUUCUCUGGCAAGGAGCGCCUGCCGCCGCCGGGGGAUCAGCAGAGCGCGGAGCUGACCAAGGAGCGCAAUCCGGAAGUGGAUAUUUCCUCCCGGGACCAGCUGGACCACAGCGCCAGCAGCAGCACCACAACCAACAGCAGUACCAACGGCGGUGACGGCAGCGCCAUCGUCAUCAAUCGAGCCUUCGACAACAACAAUCAUCAUCAUCAUCAUAAUCAUCACACGCCGCUUGUGGUUUCGCAUAGAAAGAUUAUCAGCGAACUGGCGGAAAUCGUUUACACCGCAUUGGAUUACAAUCUGCCGGAGGACGAAGAGUGCCAAAUGUCACAGGAGCUGGAGAAUUUAUUUAACUUUAUGACGGCAGAUGAGACCGACGAUGAUUGCAUUGACGAGGGCAUCGACGAGGGCGACAAGCGCUGGGACGACGAUUCCGAGGAGGAGCGCAACGACACCAAAGAACUAGAGCACAUUAUCGAGACCUGCAGAAAUCACAUCAAAGCCACCCUGCCAGAGAAUCACUAUAAAGCCGUCUGCAGAGCCCUCGUGACGGAGACCAUAGAGCUUCGUGUGUUUCUGCAGCAGGUCCUGAACAACGCAGGUGCCGAGAAGCUGAUCAAGGCCUCGGAAUCGUCGGCCACCACGCAACAAGAACUGGCGAAGCUGGGCUUCAACGACUGGGCGCGCUUCUGGGUCCAGGUGAUCGACGAACUGCGGCGAGGCGUUCGCCUGAAGAAGAGCAACUAUGAACGCACACCCAUCGAGUUCGAGCUGACGCCCUACGAGAUCCUCAUGGGGGACAUAAGAGCCAAAAAAUAUCAGCUGCGCAAAGUGAUGGUGAAUGGGGAUAUUCCGCCGCGCGUCAAAAAGGAUGCCCAUGCCAUGAUCUUGGAGUUCAUUAGGUCACGACCGCCGCUCAAGAAGGCCUCGGAACGGCAAUUAGGACCGCCGCGCAUGUGCACACCCUCGCCCCGCGAACAGCUGAUGGAGUCCAUCCGGAAGGGCAAGGAACUCAAGCAGAUCACACCCCCAGAAGCGCCUACACUGAGACAGAGAUUGCUUCCAAGUGCAAACUCCACGCUGUCGCGAUCCCGACAGCGGCUCAUCAAAGUGGAUUUUUCCAAGUUUCAGGACGACGAGCUCUUCUUUGAUGAGUCCAGCAUCAGCAGCUCCCACUCCACAGCGGCCACCCACCACCAUAAUCAGUAUCCUCACCUGACCGAACUGCACCGCUGCUCGCAGCCCAAGAUGCCGCCAUAUCCGAUCGGUGGCUACAUGGUGGCCAGCCAGGCGCGACAAGAUUCUCGGGAGACGGCGUCGCUGAUGCGGCCCCGACGCACAAUGGAGCCAGCGAGGCAGGCGCCUCCGGAAGAGCCAUCCUUCACGGAGGACGAGUACCACAGGUUCUACGACACGGCCCUGGAAUCUUACGACCUGGCCACUCAGUGCGAAUCCAGACGCGCCUCCCUGCGCCGACACACCAUUGUGGGCUGUCAGAGCAAUCUGGACGAGACGCACUCCAUGCCGCCAACGCGGCCAGAGUCCCGACAAUCCGAUGACGUCAAUAAGGAGCCGGCCAAGCGCAGUCCUGUGGAGCGUACAAAUCCCACAGACGAGGCAGCGGCCAGUUCAACAUCCUCGCUUGGCCCAUGGAACAAGUCCUUUAUGGACAAACAGACCUGGAUGGAACGGGGGGACGAUCGCCUGUCCGUCACUUUGGCGGAGAUCGUUCACAUCCGUUCCGUCAUGACCAAGGCGGAGCUGGAGGGCCUGCCGAUGGACGUGCGCGUCAAGGAGGAUGUUGAAAAGCGUCGCGUCUGCUUCCUGUGCCUGCGCACCCGCUUCUCCUUCUUUGGACCCUGGGGCAUCCAGUGCAAGCUGUGUCAGCGCACAGUCUGCGCCAAGUGCUACACCAAGAUGCGCAUACCCUCGGAGCACUUUAGGAACGUGCCUCUAGUGCUGAUCUCACCAUCGCUGCUGUCCAGUCCGGCCAGCUCGAGCACACCCUCCCCCUCCCAUCAUGCCCAGCAGGCGCACUCGUCCUCGACGGGGAACAUCAUGGAUGACCAGUUUCCCAAGUCGCUGAUCGAGCGUCUCCUGCGCUCCGAGUCAGAUCGUAAGACUCGCAGCACUGUGGGCAGUGCCCCGUCUUCACCCAAGCACCAAAGAUCAAAUAUGAGCACACCUGGUAUUAGCGUAGGUCCCGGCGCCUCAGCAGCCGCCGCCCCUGGACAGGCUGUGGAGGCCUUGCAUGACCAGGCGGCCAUGUCGGCCUCCUACUCAGCGGCCAUGCGACCCUCGGGAGUUCAUCAGCAUCAGAGGCAGCACUAUAACAAUGCCAUGUCCCGGAGCAUGGAGGGACCACGAAGUCUGCCCGUGCACAGCCCAGCAUAUCGACCGCUCUCCAACAACAGCACGCUGGAGAGGAAAUCCCGUUUCUCGAGGGGCUUCAAUUUGUUCUCCUCGGGCAGCCACCUGGCCCAGACGCCGGAGCAAAAGGAGAAUCUGCGGGGCGAGCAGGUCACCGUGUGCAACGACUGCCAGGGCUUGGUCAACGAGAUAACCAGCUCUGUGAAGCAGAAGCGCAGCUCGGCCCGCAACCGCACCAUACAGAAUCUCACCCUGGAUCUGACGCCCGUCUGGAAAUAGGCGACAGAGGAUCCACAAGGCAAAGCGUUUCGAGACCAUAAAAGAGAGUUUCAAAGGACUUGUAACGACUGACAAUUGACUUGAUGACUUAUAAUUAACCACAACGGACUUUAUUUCUGAUUUCUGCGACUGUUUUUAUGGCCUCCGAAACGCACUUGAAUCAUUUUUGCUAAGAAGAUAUGGUUCAAAUGGACUGUUGUACACUUUAAAAGGAUAAAGGAUCGUUUGUAAAUCGUGUUAGGCUAGUGAAUAAGCAAAGGAUAAUAACGAUAAAUUCCUGGAAGCUAAAGCUUUGUACAUUUUCUGCCGGCUACAGAGAGAGAUCCGCUUGAGCGCACCCCCACCACACAUACCAUACAUAUGCUACAUAUAUCUAUAUAUAUAUAUAAAGGAGAUAACUAUACACACUCUACGCUAUUAUAUAUAUUAUCGCAAUACAAAGCCGUUGUUUAUAACUGUUUAAUUUAUGCAUAAAUGUUGAUUAAGUGAUUACUCAUCGUAGCUCCAACGUACAAGUUCGUAUUUAUACGGUUCGAGUUUAUAUAUUCCCAGAUUAUCAUAAAGAAUCAUAAUAAGAUGAAAAUCAUACCCAGUUCGAAGAAACAGAAUUUCGGUUAGGAAAAUGAUAAUGUGCUUGCGCAGAUCCUUUGUUCACUUGUGAAGUUUUCGUUUACGUUUUCGUUUCGUUCCCUCAUUAACAAAGCAAGAACACUACUUAGUUAAUAGCCUAAUUUAAUUUUAGUCGGCGUUGCAAUGCAACCAACACUAUUUAGUUAAUUCAUAUAUAGUUUUAAAUCUCCGCAAAGUGCGUCUAAUUUGUAAGUGACCUCUUCGUAAUUGUACAAGCUGAUGAUGCAAAGCAAACAACCUUUAAUUAAUUAUUAAAAAAUACGUACUAGCAUCCUAACCUGCUUAACCUAAUUAUAGUUUUUGUAAAGAA